AUGGCCCUUACUCGCGAGCAACAGAUCAAGGAAUACGGCUGGAUUGCACUUUCCUGCGACCCAAAAGUCUGGGGUGGCACUAAGCCAUUCAACAAGGAGCCUGUUCUUCAGCUCUGCAAAGAUGUCCCUCUACCUGACACCCCUCUCGUACAUGCUGCUAUGGAUAUGCGUGUUUUCUACUAUGGUAAAGAAAACAAAUACAAGUUAAUGUUCUGCGUGGAAUGUUACGAAGAAAAGCGCCGACACACUUCAUCUCUAGGCAUGGCCAUCACAUCUCAGCAAUUCCCUAAAUGGAAAUUCAGUCCCGAGACAUGGCCUCUGACUUGCCUUUUCCACGACAUUGGAACCAUCAACAAACACACUCACGGUACCCUUAUGUACUUCCAGUUUUACGGCGGUAUCCUUGCCCUGCAGAAGUUAAAGGAGCUCAACGGACCUAUUUCCCAGGCCGAGGGUGUCAGCGAGGCCAUCAUCCGUCACCAGGAUCCCGUCGAGAUCGGCAACAUUCACACCAUCGGCUUACUUAUUCAGCUCGCUACUCAAUAUGACAACAUGGGCUACCGUCCCGGGUACGUCCACCCCGAUACAAUCAAAGGCGUCGUCUCUCACUACCCUCGUCGCAACUGGUCCAAAUGCUUCACGAAGAAGAUCAGAGAAGAAGUUACGGUAAAGCCGUGGUGCCAUACCACUGCCUCGGAGGAGAGGUUCCCCCAUGAUGUCGAGCACAACGCCCUUAUGGAGCCUUAUGAUGCCUUGCAUUAA